AUGGCUAACACCUUGCCAAACGAAAUAUUUAUGCUCGUUGCAGAGAACCUAUCUACAGAACGGGAUAUUUCCUCUCUUAUGCGAACAAACCGUGUCCUCUAUGACUUGCUCAUUACAUAUCUCUACAAGUUUAAUAUGCGCUCGAAUUUGCCGUCUCUGUUCUGGCGCUGUCAAAAUGGCCUGCUGACUCCAAUUAAACGUCCUUCUUUGAGGGAGAAGUCACGCCAUUGA